UCCUUUUGCCGAAGCGCCUGUACCUGCCUCGGCUACUCGUGCCCACUUCUUGUCCGGGCGGCGGGUCUUGCUCCCGGGGAUGUAUCGCCACAUGUAGUGUUUGGGGGAGCGAGUGUCCCUUCAGCACAGUACGGGGGACAGGCUUGUCCCUAAGGACCCACCGGAGUCCAUGUUGGCGCCAGACGAAGAGCUUGCCCAGCUCUAUUUGAAUGCUAGGGGCGAUGCUGUUUGUCUCCCCUGGUGGAAUUUUGUUGAUAUGAGGGGUUGCUAUGAGGACUUCUUGAAGAGGCUUGCUCAACUAGUACGCUUCGUACUGCCGGAGGAGGAGGUCGACCCCGAGGACGUUCUCUAUGCUGAUAGGGUUGUCCGUUAUGGGAACUCGGAUGGGGAGCAGGUGGAGGUGACCGUCCCUGUAGCUUCUCCUCCGCACCGGAGGUCAUAUGAUGCUGUACCAGAGCAUUAUGCAGCUGCGCCUCGGGUGAGAGUGCGUCGCUGGAUGCUCAUAAUUGAUUCUUUGAAGAGGCAUUGUGCCAAGCUGACCCAAAAGCUUUCUGGCCGGGAUAGAGAGGUGCUUUCAUUGACUGUGAGAUUUGGUAUUCUAGAAACUUUGGACUUGGAUGUCUAAAUCUUGAAACUUGUAUCUUGUAAAGGAGCGUCGUCGAGGUUGCAGAGGUUCCGUUGAUAGGGAGCCCCAGGUGGAGACUUCGUUGAGGCAGGAAGGACCGAGCUUGGAUUUUGGACAGGGGUCCGGUGCUGGUAAUUAUCAGAGACAUUCCGAUGCUGAUUGGGGAGCUGUCCCUUUUGUAUAUGCUGAUCCCACCAGGCAUUCUUUUGGGGGUGCGAGCAGUUCAAGGCCUUUUGUUCCUCCUCCCGGUUACUACUUCGGAGGGAGCGACCCUCAACCUUGGGGUGCGGAUCCUUGGACUUGCUGGCAGGAGAUGGAGAGGAUGCGUCAGGCCCAGAUGUUUGAGGCGCAGCGCCGGUUCAUGGCGAUGCCGCAGCCUUAUCAGUACCCUUCCCCUCAGCAGGGAGCUUAUCACUCUCCCGGUACUCUUCGUAUCUCGGAGCAGGAACCUGGUACCCCUGGGACAGAGCUGGAUCGGGAUCUGGAGCGCCUUGGGAGGCGGAGUAGGAACAAGGAGCCCGUGGUUGACAUUACGCCUGAUGAUGA